AUGAGCUUCAACCGUCUCGCUCGCUCCGGUCUCUCGGCCAUGAGGGCUGCCCGCCCCUCUAUGCCCCUCGCUCGCGUCCCCAGACGUACCUACGCCGACGCUGCCGAAACCCUGAAGCUGUCCCUGACCCUGCCUCACCAGACCAUCUACAAGUCCGCUGGCGUCACCCAGGUCAACAUUCCCGCCGCCUCCGGUGAGAUGGGUGUCCUCUCCAACCACGUUCCCUCCAUUGAGCAGCUCAAGCCCGGUCUCAUCGAGAUUGUUGAGGAGAGCGGUUCCUCCAAGCAGCUCUUCACCGCCGGUGGUUUCGCUGUCAUGCAGCCCAACAACGAGUUCAGCAUCAACAGCUCCGAGAUCUUCCCCCUUGACCAGUUCAGCGCCGAGAACAUCCGCGCCUUGAUUGCUGAGGCCCAGAAGACCGCUAGCGGCAGCGGCAGCGAGCAGGACAUUGCUGAGGCCAAGAUCGAGCUUGAGGUUCUCGAGACCCUCCAGCCUCUCGUCAAAUAG